AUGGCUGAAUUGGCUCAGAAGUAUGACCAGGUAAACCGCCUAGUUGAGCAUGACCCGCUUUGGCGAAGCAGGCUACUCCCAAGCCUGCUGCGGAAGGUGUGCGAAGGCUUGCGCCGAGUGCAGCUGCUGCUGGCACGGGAACUGCAAGAGGUGUGGAAAUUCACGUUUCAACCGCUCUUCUAUCCAUCGGAGAGUGAGGGACUUGCAGAGGCUCUGCCGGGCGGUUGGCUGGACCUGGAGGACCUCUUCCUCACCGUGCAUCUUCUGCUCAGGUACCUGUCAGAGAUGAUGCGGCUUGCGGGGGAUUUGGUGAAGGAAGUCCCGAACACACGGGCCAUGUCCCGCAACCAGAUCAGGGAAGCCGCCGCUCUGCCGGACAUACAGCGACUUGUCCGACACGCAGCAGGCAAGCUGCCAUUCUUGGGGAUCGGCUUUGGCGACCGCGAAGGAGGAGAAUCCUUCGGGCAGGCAGAAGUGGUCGAAUCUCCCUUGAGCGAGGCGUUGGCCAUUCUGAAUGAAGUCCUCAUGGUUGAAAUGCAGGACUUGCUGUCAGACCUCCACCGGUCCACCUACCGAGCCUUCAUUCGCGUCGUCGCCGCGUACGCAAGAUGGAAGAAGACAUGCAAGACUGCAAGGCUUGCGAAGGCGGCUGAAAUCAAGGCUGCAACAGACAAGCAAACUGCAGCUGCUCGCAAGAUGAGAAGCCUUCGGAGCGUUGUGUCAUUGGAGGCGGACGAUGAGGAUGCUCAUUCCGAA